AUGGCUGGUAGGGUUUUCUGGGGGUGCAGGGCGCUGAUGGCUGCGUCGAGAGGCGCUGCAGCUGCUGAGGGGGGCGCCUCUUCGGUGGAGGCGAUUGUGAAGGCGAAGGGCGGCUCCAACGCUGGGGGCUUAAUGAAGGCUUUGCCGGUGUCGCCGGCGAUGAAGAAGUUUCUCGGCGUGCCAGAGAUCUCCCGGUCUGAGGCGGUGAAGAAGAUAUGGGACUACAUCAAGCUCCACGAGCUCCAGGUCACCAUAAAUACUCCAAACCCUCUCCGUCCUUUGACCUCUUUCUGUGAACCCUGCCCUAGUGCUCUGCAUGCGGAGCCUCCUAAUGCUUCCUUGUGGUUAUCUUUCGUUUUCUGAUAUCCUCUGUCGUUCUGGUUCCCUUCUCUUGCGGCGCCAUUGCCUCCUUGUGGGUUAUUACCUUUCUCCUUGGAAAAAUGGCACUGGCCCCUCAACCCGUACUACCUCCUUCCCUCCAUCUUGCGCCUAGAUUUUCAUUGCCCGUCGUCCUUUCGUCCUAGUUUGCUCUCUUUUCCGUAAUUGUCGCAUCGGUGGUCGUACUUUCUCGCAGUUUAUGAUGAGGUAGCGACUGCUUGCUGUCUGUAGCUUCCUAUUUUCCCCUUUUCUGAUUCAGUGGCGACUCCUAGCAAGGCAAAUGCGCACACUGUCGCCGUAUCCCGGGUGGAACGAGUCACACGUUUUGGGUUCUCAAGAACUCCAACGUUUGUUGCUGCAUUAGUUGUUGAUUGAUGCCUUUUUUUAAUGCCCUCGGAUUCAGAGGCAUUUGAGAGUGAUUAUGAUUUUUUUUUUCUGCAAUUAAUAAUUCUUGGAGCAUACUAGAAAGUUGGUGUUCUGUAUGCGCUGAAUGUGAGGUAAUAAUAGGGUCCACUCCCAUUGGUUUGGUUAGCAUUGACUUUGUGCUCGUCCUCUUCCCUGAUCAAACUAGCUGCAGCUCUCUCUCCCGUGAUCUCAUCUGCAUGGAUUGCAGCUCACCACUCUCAGUUAGUUUUUUGGGUUUUUGAAGGAUGGUGGACUGCCCUUCUUCAUCAUCUGAUGCCUUUGUUCUUACUAGAAAGGGGAGAAGACGCUUUAAAAAAAGCUACAUGAUGCUGAUUUUGAAUGUAGGCGUGCCCUCUCAUGAAGCCAUAGAGUGAAUGUCUCUUCGUCUUGUGUUCUUUUGAUAUUUGUUGGGGGGGUUAUUUGCUGAUUUUCUGUCCUCUUUCCAGUGAUUGGACCAAAUACUUGAAGGUUUUGUUGGGGAGGUCAACGAGAUCAUGUAGUGUUGUGUCUUGCCCUUUUGACCAGAUUAGAACCUUGCCGGAUUGAAAAUCAGGUGAAUCAGAAUUUUGGCAGACUGUUAAAAGGGUGAAAUGCUCAAAAGGGCGACCCAUCAGGGCCUACAUAUUUCUAUCUAUAUUUAUUUAUGUAUGAUCUUGCUAUUCGAGAAUAAUAUUGGAAAAUAUUAUGGAGGAGAAAACUCAAAACUAGAUCGAUCCCCCAUCCCGCAUCCCCCAGUUUUUUUUUUUUUAGAGGGUUUGAAUUAAUCAGUUGAUGACAUUUUUCUAUUUUUCGCUCCCCACAUUCGUUAUAUCUCGUGAAUCUAUGCUACUGAGAGCUUACUUACUGUGAAGAAGACGAGAGAAUAAGGCCUGAUUGCUCAUGAUGAAGUGGCUAUUACCAUUGCAGAAUCCCGCGAACAAGCGGGAGAUCCAGUGUGACGAGAAGCUGAAGACUAUAUUUGCAGGAAAGGACAAGGUGGGGAUGCUGGAGAUUGCUAAAUUGCUCUCCCCCCACUUCAUCAAGACCAAGUGA